AUGCCUAAGAUCACUGAGCUUUUCUUCGACUGCGACAACACCCUCGUCCUCUCGGAAGAGUUGGCCUUCGAGGCGUGUGCUGAUCUCGCCAAUGAGAUCCUCGAGAAGCGUGGCAUCUCGGACCGCUACACCGGCUCUCAGCUCAUCCAGGACUUUGUCGGUCAGAAUUUCCGUGGUAUGAUGAUUUCUCUUCAGGCCAAGUACAAGUUCGAGUUGUCCAAGGAAGAGCUCGAGGACUACGUCAAGAGGGAGGAGGACAAGGUUAUUGCCAAGUUGAACGAAAAGGCCCAGCCUUGCAUCGGUGUCAACGAGGUCUUGGAGAAACUCUACAACUCCAAGAAGUAUGACAUGGCCGUUGUCUCUUCGUCCGCUCUCCGCCGUGUCCAGGCUUCCAUCAAGAAGGUGGGCCAGGACAAGUGGCUCGACCCCGAACUGGUUUUCAGCGCUGCCAGCUCCUUGGCCAAACCUACCUCCAAGCCUGAUCCCGCCAUCUACCUCCACGCUCUUGACAAGUGCGGCAAGAAGGCGGAGGAGACCGUUGCCAUCGAGGACAGCAAGUCUGGUGCGCUCAGUGCCAUCCGUGCCGGCAUCCACUGCAUCGCCUAUGUUGGCAGCUACUCCGAUGACAACAAAAAGUUGCAGAUGGCUCAGCAGCUCGAGGAACUCGGUGCCAAGGUCGUCAUGAAGGAUUGGUCUGAGUUCGAGAAGUGCCUUGGCGAGAUCGAGGCUGCUUAA